CUCUACCGCUGCUCGUUUUUCAUGACUUUGUGGCGCCUCAAACUUUCUCUGGAGUGGAAUCUAAAACAUCAGAAGUCGAUGGAUUAGCACACGGAGCCUGAAGGAUUAUCAUUUACUGCAGUGAAGACUUUUAUUUUAAUUAUUGGAUGUUGGUGAGGACUCUGUCCAUGUCUUCUGUCGGAUGAUGGCACGGGCAGUCUCCGUCAUUCCACUGUUUGGCAUUAUUCUGAAAAUCACUUGUGUUGCUGCCAUCGAACUGCGGUUCAUGCCUGAUCCACCAACGCUGAACAUCUAUGGCGUUCACAGGAUGAACAGAUCAGACAACCUGGAACUGACAUGCAGAGGUCGGCAGUACCUGAGGUGGACGACCCCUCCGACGAGCACCCGCUUCUCCACCAGUGACUGCAGUGGAUCGGGACUCUUCUGCACGACGCUUCAUAUCUCCAACGCCACCGUCAACGAGACCGGACAGUACCAGUGCUCCUACAGAGACCUGAAGGUGGAAGACGGCAAGACUUCAGUAGCUGUUUAUGUGUUUGUCCACGAUUACAAGAUUCCAUUUGUGCCGUCUGAGAAAGAGUACGAGGUGGUGUUCAUCCGUGAGGGGGAGCGGGUGGUGAUACCGUGUCGAAGCUCGGUGGAGAAUCUCAACGUCACGCUCCACACUAAGUAUCCAAACAAGGAGCUCCAUCCCGAUGGGAAGGACUCUCUGUGGGACCCCAAGACGGGCUACACGGUUCCCAGUCACCUGAUCAGCUACGCCGGCGUCGUGUCCUGCCAGACCCGCAUCGGAAACGAGACGUUUAAGUCUCCGCUCUACAUCGUCGCUGUCGUCGGAUACAAGAUCUACGAACUCACCCUGACCCCGUCACAGCUGAGGCUGUCUGUGGGGGAGCGGCUGGUGCUCAGCUGCACGGCCAAAACCGAGCUCAACGUGGGCAUCGAAUUCAACUGGACGCACUCCGGUCAGGCCCUGACCUCGGUGAACGGUUCGAGGCCGACCCACGCGACCCCCCACAAGAAGAAGCUGUGGAACUCCCUGGAGCUGUCCAACACACUCAUAGUGGAGAACGUGACAGUCGACCACAUGGGAGAAUACACCUGCACCGCCUCCAGUGGGAAGAUGGAGAAAAGUGCCUCGGCAUUCCUUAAAGUGUUUGAAAAGCCUUUCAUUGAUAUGAAAGAGCCGUGGACGAAGGUUUUGGAGGUAAAUGUGGGGGAUCAAACCUCCAUCCCCGUCAAGUACUCAGCCUACCCAGAGCCCAGCUUUAAAUGGUUAAAGAAUGGCCUUCCAUUAAAGGAAGAUUACAGAAUAAAACAGAGAAGUGACGCCCUCAUCAUCCGCGUAGUCACAGAAAUGGAUGCAGGGAAUUACACAAUGGUCCUGUCCAACAAGAUAACCAAAGACGAACAGAGGCAAACCUUCCAGCUGCUGGUCAACGUUCCUCCUCACAUCAUUGAGAAGGAGGUGGCGGUGGACACUGAUGUCUACCUGUACGGGAGCAGCCCCACCCUGAGGUGCACCGCCCGUGGAUUCCCCACACCUGCACACAUCCAGUGGCAGUGGAUGUCCAAAGAGGACUGUCCAGAGGCCUUCCUGUCAAGACCGUCUGAGGUGCAGCUAGCGGAGUGCAAAGGCUGGAGGGAUAUAAGGAACAGCACCGGUCACCACCCGGUAGAACGGAUUACCAUUGACGUUGAGCAUUCUCAAAAGAAAAUCGCGAGCUCCUUGAAGUUUCAGAAAGCCGAGGCCCAGGCCCUCUACAGAUGCACGGCUGCCAACAAAGUAGGGGAGGAUUCACGCAUCAUCUUUUUCCACGUCACACGCGGCCUCGAGCUGAGUGUGUCUCCGUCCAGCGAGCCCUUAGAGGAGGACCACGUGGUUCUGCACUGUAAGGCCGACAAGCUGAUCUACGGGAACCUGACCUGGUUCAGUGUGAACAACAUAUCAGAGUCGGAGCAGAUCACGUCGGUGCAGCCGUGUCGACCGUGGUGGAAUGUAACUGUACUCAAGAACAAUUUUGAGCGGAGUCCCCCGUCACGUGUAGCGCUGUCCAGCCUGCAGGGCAACAACGUGACCCUGGAGCUGUCGCUGCCCGACGCGUCCCCUCAGGAUGAAGGUCUGUACGCCUGUCAGGUGGAAAACAUCAAGACUCGGGACAAAACCUGCCUGCUGCGCCGUCUUUCUCUCAAAGGUCUUGAGGCUGCGAGAAUCCUUCACAAUUUAACCGACCAAAAAGUAAACGUGAGCGCAACGAUCCACCUCCUGUGUGAUGCUGCGGGGACGCCGAACCCGACGGUGGUGUGGACCAAAAACAACCUCACCGUGGUGGAGGGCUCAGGCGUGAUUCUGAGUCGGGACAACCACCUUCUGACCAUUCAGCGAGUGAAGAAGGAGGACAGCGGUCUGUACAGCUGCACCGCGUGUAACAGCCGCGGCUGUGACACCUCACAGGCCUAUUUGGCGACUGAAGGUGCAGAGGAAAAGACCAAUGUGGAGCUGAUUGUUCCCAUCGGGUCAGUGGUCAUCGCCAUGUUUUUCUGGUUACUGAUCGUCUUUGUCAUCCGUGGAAGAAAGAGACCAAGUGGGAAGGAUCUGAAGACGGGCUACCUGUCCAUGAUCCUGGACUCAGAGGACAUGCCCAUGGACGAGCAGUGUGAGAGGCUAACCUACGACGCUAACAAAUGGGAGUUCCCUCGGGACAGGCUGAAGCUAGGUGACCCUCUGGGACGAGGAGCGUUUGGUCAGGUGGUCGAAGCGGCCGCCUUUGGCAUCGAGAAAGCCACAACAUGCACCACUGUUGCAGUCAAGAUGCUUAAAGAGGGAGCCACGUCGAGUGAGUACCGCGCCUUGAUGUCGGAGCUGAAAAUUCUCAUUCAUAUUGGACAUCAUCUGAACGUCGUCAACCUGCUGGGAGCCUGUACGAAGCCUGGAGGUCCACUGAUGGUGAUCGUGGAGUACUGUAAAAACGGAAACCUGUCCAGCUACCUGAAGAGCAAGCGUGGAGAGUACAGCCCCUACAAGAGGAAACGGGUGGACAGCCAGAAAUGGGCGUCUGCAGAGGAGGACUUGGCCGGAGGGGAUCUGGGUUUGGGGGAGAUCGCCCAGCUGGACAUCUGCACGGGAACGGCCGUCUGCUCCAGAUCUGGAGACAGGGCUUCAGGCAGCAACAUGGACACGCAGGAAGAGAGCUCAGACGAGGAACAUCUGACCAUGGAGGACCUGAUUAGCUACAGCUUCCAGGUGGCCAAAGGCAUGGAGUUUCUGUCCUCCCGCAAGUGCAUCCACAGAGAUCUAGCAGCCAGAAACAUCCUGCUUUCAGAGAACAAUGUGGUGAAGAUCUGCGACUUCGGCCUCGCUAGAGACGUCUACAAAGACCCUGACUAUGUCCGCAAGGGAGAUGCUCGUCUGCCUCUUAAGUGGAUGGCUCCGGAGACCAUCUUCGAUCGGGUGUACACUACACAAAGUGAUGUUUGGUCCUUUGGAGUUCUUCUCUGGGAGAUCUUUUCUCUGGGGGCUUCUCCCUAUCCGGGCGUUUGCAUCGACGAGUUGUUCUGCAGGAGGCUGAAGGAGGGAACCAGGAUGAGACCCCCAGAAUACGCCACCACCGAGAUAUACCAGACCAUGUUGGACUGCUGGCUGGAUCGUCCCACAGACAGGCCAACAUUCGCAGACCUGGUCGAACAUCUGGGCAACCUGCUGCAGGCCAGCGCCCAACAGGAUGGGAAGGACUACAUCCCUCUGACAGCCGGCGGAGAGGCAGGUCGAUCUCUGUUGACCCCUGACCCCAGGAACCCCUACAGCAGGCCGCAAAGUGGGGAAAUCCUGGAGGCUCAGCUCCACUAUGACAAGCCGCCAUCCCUCGGAUUGUCCCAGCAGACUGAGAGGUGCGGUCGUCCCCUCAGUGUGAAGACGUUUGAGGACAUCCCUGUGGCACGCAGCAGUGUCAUGGAGGGUCACACAGACAGCGGUGUGUGUUUCUCACACGAGGUGAAGGGUUUGAAUCAGCAGCUGCCAACUACGCCCAACUUCAGCCAGCUGCUGCGCUGUAAGAGUAAAGAGUCUCUGGCCUCGGAGUCGUCCAAUCAGACGAGCGGAUACCAGUCGGGGUACCACUCUGACGACACAGACGCCCCGAUCUACGCUAACGAGGAGGUGAUCAUGAAGCACAAGAUGCUGAAGAAGCCUCCGCUGCCCAAGACGCCGGACAAAUACAACGCCGAGAUCCGCUACAGCACACCGCCUGUCUGACCCCCACCCAAAGAAAACCUAACCCUUGAGUCUUUUCACUGUAUUUGUCACAGGUGUAAAACUUUCCGAACAAUCACAGCAUGUUGAGAUAACCCUGAUAAGUCAGCUGGGAGAAACAAAAUGAAGGUUGUAUGAUGAGUUUGUAAGCGUAGCUCUCUUUAUGGACAGCCGGAGGAAUGCUCUUUAUGUUUACUCAGCGAGUAAAAAGGUCGAGACACGAGGAAACGCCUACUACACCCACUUCCUCUAAUACAGGAAAUGACAUCUGGAACUUUUAGAUAAUUGAAUCUGCAAAUGGUUUUUUUUUUUUCUUUUAUUGUGUUGGCACAUUAAAUGUCCGGUAAGGAAGCAGUUCUCUCACAUGAAUCCGAACAAUGUCACAUUUGUACAGUUCUUCUAUGCAUAUGUAUAACUUACAGUAUUUUAUUGAAAGUGUAUUACUAAACCUGCAAUAAAUGUAACUAGUUUUAUAAAAUAAAAAAUAC